UUGGCGCCGGGUGAAUACCACAUGGCUUACUGAGUAAAAUCUCCGGCUUAUAGACACAGAGCAUUGAUCAUAUUCAUUUUCAAUACAUAACUGCUUCUUUAGGAUAACAUAUUAAAUGCAGGAUACGGAGGACAUGGCGGCUGAAGCCGAGUUUGAAGAAGAAGAGCCUUCUUUCAGUGAUCCGGAGGAUUUCGUGGAUGACAUCGAUGACGAGGAGCUUUUGGAGGAUAUCUUGAGGGAGAGGCCACAGGAAGCUGAUGGCAUUGACUCUGUGGUGGUGGUGGACAAUGUCCCCCAGGUUGGACCCGAACGCCAGGAGAAACUGAAAAAUGUGAUCCAUAAGAUUUUCUCCAAGUUUGGUAAAAUUACCAAUGAAUUCUACCCUGAAGCUGAAGGCAAGACCAAAGGGUAUAUUUUUCUGGAGUAUGCCUCACCUAAUCAGGCACUUGAAGCUGUGAAAAAUGCUGACGGUUAUAAGCUGGACAAGCAACACACCUUCCGGGUGAAUGUCUUCACUGACUUUGAUAAGUACAUGAAUAUUAGCGAUGAGUGGGAACCACCUGAGAAGCAGCCAUUCAAAGACUUUGGAAAUCUGCGACACUGGAUGGAGGACCCUGACUGUCGGGAUCAGUACAGUGUGAUUUAUGAAUCUGGGGAAAGAACCGGCAUAUUUUCCAACGAUGUCAAGGAACCAAUCACAGUUGAGGAGAGAGCUCGGUGGACAGAGACAUAUGUGCGCUGGUCCCCUAAAGGGACCUACUUGGCCACAUUUCAUCAGCGGGGUAUUGCUUUGUGGGGUGGAGAGAAAUUCAAACAGAUCCAAAGGUUCAGUCACCAGGGGGUCCAACUCAUUGACUUCUCACCCUGUGAAAGAUACAUGGUCACAUUCAGCCCUCUAAUGGACACGAAAGAUGAUCCUCAGGCCAUUAUAAUCUGGGAUGUCCUGACAGGGCAGAAGAAGAGAGGCUUCCACUGUGAGAGUUCUGCUCAUUGGCCGAUCUUCAAGUGGAGUCAUGAUGGAAAAUUCUUUGCCAGAAUGACUCAAGACACACUCAGUAUCUAUGAAACACCGUCAAUGGGACUCUUGGACAAGAAGAGUUUGAAAAUCAAUGGGAUAAAGGAUUUCUCCUGGUCCCCAGGCGACAACAUCAUUGCGUUCUGGGUACCGGAGGAUAAAGACAUUCCAGCAAGGGUGACGCUCAUGCAGCUUCCAUCCAGACAUGAGAUCAGAGUUCGCAACCUGUUCAAUGUCGUGGACUGUAAGCUUCACUGGCAGAAGCAAGGGGAUUACCUCUGUGUGAAGGUUGACAGGACUCCCAAAGGCACACAGGGAGUUGUGACCAACUUUGAAAUCUUCAGGAUGAGGGAAAAGCAGGUUCCGGUAGAUGUGGUGGAAAUGAAAGAGAGCAUCAUUGCCUUUGCCUGGGAGCCAAAUGGGAGCAAGUUUGCUGUGCUGCACGGGGAAUCUCCGAGGAUAAAUGCUUCGUUUUACCACGUGAAGAACAACGGCAAAAUUGAAUUGAUAAAAAUGUUUGACAAACAGCAAGCAAACAGCAUUUUCUGGAGUCCACAAGGGCAGUUCCUGGUGUUGGCUGGAUUAAGGAGCAUGAAUGGCGCUCUGGCAUUUGUCGACACAUCAGACUGUACGAUGAUGAACAUUGCAGAGCAUUACAUGGCAUCAGAUGUUGAAUGGGACCCAACAGGCCGCUAUGUGGUCACCUCUGUCUCCUGGUGGAGCCACAAGGUGGACAACGCAUUUUGGCUUUGGACAUUCCAAGGACGCCUUCUGCAGAAGAACAACAAGGAUCGGUUCUGCCAGCUACUGUGGAGACCACGCCCACCCACUCUUCUCAGCCAGGACCAGAUCAAGCUUAUCAAGAAGGAUCUGAAGAAGUACUCAAAGAUCUUUGAGCAGAAGGAUCGGCUGAGUCAGUCCAAGGCAUCCAAGGAAUUGGUUGACAAGAGACGUGCUAUGAUGGAAGAAUAUCGUAGAUACCGUGAGAGCGCGAUGCAGAUGUAUCAGGAGCAGAGAAGUCUGCGUCUGGAACUCAGGGGAGGUGUAGACACAGAUGAACUUGACAGCAAUGUUGAUGAUUGGGAGGAGGAGACCAUUGAAUUUUUCAUCAAUGAAGAAAUUAUUCCACUUGGCGAUCUGGAAUAAUCCCAAU